AUGCAUGGACAGGUCGUUCUCGGUGACGAGGCGAAGUUUGACGGCGAGCUCUGGCCCAACUUUUCACGUGAAACGAAAUUUCAAACAUGUGGCGGCCAUGUGGGUUGGGUUAACUCCAACCUCAUAAUUCCGGGGGAAGGCAACUGGGAGGAUCUUUGUGUGCGGGUUCGCCUUUUGAACAGGGAAAACUUGGCCGACUUCUCAGAGCAAGACGAGAGAGCGCUGCUGCUUCUGAGGGAGGAGAAGAGAGCAAGGACGUUCGACAGGGAACCCCGAGUUCGUCUGGGUCUCAGACGACAUCAAGACAGUCUGUCCCGUCGCCUUACCCGUACCCGACGUAUCCGAGACCGUCCCCGAGCCCAACGUCGUCUGGACCCGCUCCACAACCGUCCCCGGUGUCUCAACCGGCGCCGUACCCCUAUCCACAGCCGGCACCGGCACCACAGCCAGCCCCAUCGCCUAGGCCGUCUCCCUACCCAUAUCCGUACCCACAACCGGCACCAUCCCCACAGCCAGUUCCGUACCCGUACCCACAGCCGGCACCGGCGCCUAGACCGGCCCCACAGCCAGCUCCAGUUCCAGUACCGAGACCGGCCCCAGCGCCCCAACCAGUCCCGUACCCGUACCCACAGCCAGCUCCAUCACCGCGACCAGCUCCGUACCCCUACCCCGUCCCCCAACCUUCACCGGUUCCAGCACCCAGACCAGCACCAGCGCCCCAACCAGUCCCAGUACCGAGACCGGCCCCAGCGCCCCAACCAGUUCCGUACCCGUACCCGUACCCACAGCCAUCCCCAUCGCCCAGACCGGCACCGUACCCCUACCCAGUCCCACGCCCGGCACCGGUACCAGCACCACGGCCGGCCCCAGUGCCUAGACCAGCCCCCGUGCCUAGGCCAGCACCAGUGCCACAACCUGCCCCAUCGCCUAGACCAGCUCCGUACCCCUACCCGUACCCGUACCCUCAGCCGGCACCAGCUCCAAGACCAGCUCCUUACCCCUAUCCCGUCCCACGACCAGCGCCAGUACCAGCUCCACAGCCUGUUCCAGUACCUAGACCGGCUCCAGUGCCUAGACCGGCACCAUACCCUUACCCACAGCCGGUACCUGCACCUAGACCAGCUCCUUACCCCUACCCUCGACCAGCGCCCGUCCCGAGACCAGCACCAGUGCCGGUACCACGACCAGCGCCCGUCCCGAGACCAGCACCUGUUCCAGCGCCUAGACCGGCCCCAGUACCACAACCAGCUCCGUACCCGUACCCAUACCCCUACCCACAACCGGCACCGGCACCUAGACCAGCACCGUACCCUUACCCGUACCCGUAUCCUCAACCUGCACCAGCACCGAGACCCGCACCAGUACCGGUACCACGUCCAGCGCCCGUUCCGGUACCAAGACCAGCACCAGUACCAGUCCCAAGACCAGCACCCGUCCCGAGACCAGCACCCGUCCCUGCACCCGUCCCGAGACCAGCACCUGUCCCAGCACCCGUCCCGAGACCAGCACCCGUCCCUGCACCUGUCCCGGCCCCCUCACCAGGUGGUAGCUCCUGCCCUCCCACGUGCACGGACCAGUCGGACAGCCCCGUGUGCGGGUCUGACGGAAGGAAGUACAAGAACUCCUGCUACCUCCAGAUCGCCUCCUGCGCCACAGGACGAACCAUCACAGCUGCAGGAGCGCCCCCUUGCAAAGCUGGGCCUAGUCCAAAGCCCGCUCCAAAGCCCGCUCCAAAGCCCGCUCCCAAGCCCGCUCCCAAGCCCGCUCCAAGGCAGAUCCAAAGCAGAUCCAAGCCAAUCCAAGCCAAUUCAAGCUGAUCCCAGCAAUCAAGCCCAUAAAGCAAACGAUCCGGCAACCAGGCGAUUGUAA